UUUGCGGUCCCUAGUUCUCCUACAAUCCGCGCACACUACUUCCGGUAGCAGGUGGUCGUGUAUCCAGUGGUAGGCGUUCUCAGGUGACCGUUCUUGGUGCCCUUUCCUACUCCAUUGAAUUCUCCCACAGGAACGGUCGAGAUGGCGUUCGGACGCCAUAAAGAAGAGGGCAACCACGCCGCGCAUGCCGACGACGUGGAGGCUUCGGCCUCGGUUCGCACCCGGGGGGGUCUCAGCCACGAUGUCGACGACAGCGAGCUGCCCGAGUAUGAGGCCCUGGACCGGUUCAUCACCAGAUACGAUGCAAGCGGCGAGGAGAAGGGUCACGGGGAAGAGGAGGACCGCAAGAACAAGAAGCCCCCAUCGCUUCUCAAGCUGAUGUUCAGCAGCGACCUCGAGGUCGAGCAGAACCAGAACCUCGUCCCUCCCGACGCGUGGCUCGAGACAGAUAUGCGACAGGGUAUCUCCGAUCACGAUGUCGAGGAACGCCGCAAACGUUUCGGCUGGAACGAGCUCACCGCCGAGAAGGAAAACCAGCUGAGGAAGUUCAUGGGCUUCUUCCAGGGUCCAAUUCUCUACGUAAUGGAAAUUGCCGCGCUGCUCGCUGUCGGUCUGAAGGACUGGAUUGACUUUGGUGUCAUUGUUGGUAUUUUGAUCCUCAACGCCGGCGUCGGAUGGUAUCAGGAGAAGCAGGCUGCCGAUGUCGUCGCCAGCUUGAAGGGGGAUAUUGCCAUGAGGGCUACUGUCGUCCGCAAUGGCAAGGAAGAGGAAAUUCUUGCGCGAGAGCUCGUUCCCGGAGACAUUGUCAUCCUCCAGGAGGGCCGAAGCAUCCCCGCCGACUGUCAAUUGAUCUGCGACUACAGCCGCCCGGAGGACUACCACGAGUUCCAGAAGCUCAAGAACGAGGACAAGUUCAGCGGCGACACCGACUCUGGCGAGGAGACAAGCAAUGAAAAAGGCGCCGACAAGGAGGCCGAUCACGACGACGACGACGCAAGGUCUAUUCACUACGGCUUGCCUCUGGUUGCCUGUGAUCAGUCCGCCAUCACUGGCGAGUCGCUAGCUGUGGACCGAUACAUGGGAGACGUCGUAUUCUACACGACUGGUUGCAAGCGAGGCAAGGCAUAUGCCAUUGUCAAGACUUCUGCGCGCUACUCGUUUGUGGGAAGGACUGCCUCUCUUGUUCAAGGCACCCAGGACCGUGGUCACUUCAAGGAGGUUAUGGACAGUAUCGGAACAUCUUUGCUCGUUCUCGUCAUGUUCUGGAUCUUGGCUGCAUGGAUCGGUGGCUUCUUCCGUCACAUCCCCAUUGCUUCCCCCGGCGUGCAGACUCUCCUGCACUACUCACUCAUCCUAUUCAUCAUUGGUGUGCCCGUCGGUCUCCCUGUCGUCACCACCACCACCCUCGCCGUUGGUGCUGCAUACCUGGCCAAGCAGAAGGCAAUUGUCCAGAAGCUCACUGCCAUCGAGUCCCUUGCUGGCGUCGAUGUUCUCUGCUCCGACAAGACUGGCACACUGACCGCCAACAAGCUUAGCAUUCGCGAGCCAUACGUGGCCGAGGGUCAAGAUGUCAACUGGAUGAUGGCCGUUGCCGCACUGGCCAGCUCUCACAACAUCCAAUCUCUGGACCCCAUCGACAAGAUUACUAUCCUGACCCUCAAGCGUUACCCCAAGGCACGCGAGAUUCUGCGCCAAGGAUGGAUCACCGACAAGUUCACACCCUUCGACCCUGUUUCCAAGCGUAUCACUUGCGAAUGCCGACUUGGAAAGGACCGCUACAUCUGUGCCAAGGGUGCUCCCCGAGCCGUUGUGGACCUCGCCAACUGCUCGGCCGAGACCAAAAGCUUGUACAACCUGAAGGCCAAGGAGUUUGCUAGCCGUGGAUUCCGUUCUCUUGGUGUCGCGGUCAAGAAGAACGAUGAGGAUUGGCAACUGCUUGGCAUGAUCUCCAUGUUUGACCCGCCCCGUGAGGACACUGGCCAGACAAUCAUUGAGGCGCAGGCUCUCGGUGUUCCCGUCAAGAUGCUUACUGGUGACGCUAUUGCUAUUGCCAAGGAGACUUGUAAGAUGUUGAGUCUCGGCACCAAGGUCUACAACGCAGAGAAGCUUUUCAACAGCGGCCUGUCUGGCAGCUUGCAACAUGACCUCAUCGAUCGCGCGGAUGGUUUUGCUGAGGUGUUCCCCGAACACAAAUACCAAGUUGUCGAGAUGCUUCAGCAGAGGGGAUCCCUCACUGCCAUGACUGGUGACGGUGUCAACGACGCCCCUUCGCUCAAAAAGGCCGACUGUGGCAUCGCCGUCGAGGGCUCCUCCGAAGCAGCGCAAGCCGCGGCAGAUAUUGUCUUCCUCUCUCCCGGUCUCAGCACGAUCGUUCUCUCCAUCAAGACGGCUCGACAGAUCUUCCAGCGGAUGAAGGCUUACGUGGAGUACCGUAUUGCUCUUUGCAUCCACCUUGAGAUCUACCUCACCCUCUCCAUGAUCAUCCUUAACGAGACUAUUCGACCGGAUCUCGUCGUCUUUAUUGCGCUGUUCGCUGAUUUGGCUACUGUUGCUGUUGCUUAUGACAAUGCCCAUGUUGAGCCUCGGCCCGUCGAGUGGCAGCUACCCAAGAUUUGGGUUGUCAGUCUCAUCUUGGGCUCGCUGCUGGCCGUUGCCACUUGGAUCAUUCGUGCCACGAUGUUCCUUGAGAACGGCGGUAUCAUCCAGAACUUUGGUUCGGUCCAAGAAGUGCUGUUCCUUGAGGUUUCUCUUACUGAGAACUGGCUCAUCUUCGUCACUCGCGGUGGCAAGACGUGGCCUUCGUGGCAGCUUGUCGGUGCUAUCUUCGUCGUGGACGUCCUCGCAACCAUCUUUGCCUUGUUUGGAUGGCUGUCCGGCUCGGGCGGGGGUGUCAUGCGGACUUCUCCCGAGACCAUCUUCGAGAACUCCGCUAAUGGCUGGACGGACAUCGUUACUGUGGUCAUGGUCUGGGCGUACUCGAUCGGUGUGACCAUCUUCAUCGCCAUUGUCUACUACCUGCUCAACAAGAACCCGUGGCUGAACGACCUGGGCCGCAAGAACCGGCGCCACAAGGACACCGUGCUUGAGAACGCCCUCUUGCAGCUGAACAAGGUUGCCAUCGAGCACGACAAGAGCCCCGAGACGGGCUCGGACCGGUACUACCUUGUGGAGAAGGCCGCUGCGGAGGACGACGAUUAGACGUAAUAAGUGUGCAUCCCGCCAUUCUCGGUGGCGCGGCUGGUUUUUAUUGAAAACUUAAUCUGUUAUGUAGCAGAGGCAAAUCCCAUUUAAAGUUAAUUAGCACAAA